AUGUCUCACCGCGCCAAGACCGUCCGGGCGGUGUCCCGGGCGCUGUCCUCCGCGGCCUUGCGCCGUGAAGCCCUGGACGCCGCCGGCGACCCCUUUGCGCGCAUGCCCACGCCGCCCUGGGGCUGCGAGAGCGACGCCUGCAGCGUGCGGCGCAGCACGGCGGCCGUCGCGCGGCGGCUGGCGGUGCAGGAGGAGGCGGCCCUGGUGCCCGGGACGCCGCACACGCUGAGCGGCGCGCUGGCGCCCAGCGACCAGGCGCGGGUGGUGACGGACCUGAGGGGGGAGCUGGUGUACGCCAACCGGGCGUGGGAGGAGCUGUGCGGGUACAAGCUGGAGGAGGUGAAGGGCACGAUGGGGCUGAAGUUCCUGCAGGGUCCCCUCACAGAGAAGGACAAGGUCCUGAAGAUCAACAAAUGCGUAAGGGAGCAGCAGCGGGUGAAUUUGAAGCUGCACAACUACCAGAAAAAUGGCGAGCUGUUUUUCAACCAGAUCCAGGUGUCGCCGCUCACUGGAAGUUCUGGCAGGGUCACACAUCUGCUGGGAAUUUUGGAGAAAGUCGAGUAG